ACGCCCACCACACUCUCCGUGCACGUGAAGACCAUGGAGGGGCGUUUACAGACCUAGUGUUCCCUCUCGUGACUAACGGGUGAGGUAACCGUGUUUGCAUAUUUCCGCACGGAGUCUCCCGCCUAGUCCAGUCUCUGUCAGGAUACAGUUCUAGUGUACGCACUUUGCUGGAUCUGAUUGAUUCAUCAUGGGGAAAGGCAGCGAUAAAAAGACCGAGGAACAACCUCCCGCCUACGAUGCAGCCAUUGCCAAAAGUGAUGUGGUCAUUCCCGUUGACGGAGACGACAAGAAAAAGAUCGCCGAGGAAGAAGAGUUCGACCCGUGGAACGUCCCCGAACUGAAGGACGACACCGUUCCUUGGUCUGAACUGACCACAUGUGGGAAGGUUGAACGCGUGGUGCUGUGGUUCCUGAAGCCGGUCCUGCUACUCGGGCUACUCUACAUGUUCAUCUGUUCACUGGACUUCCUCAGCAGCGCCUUCAGACUCUUGGGAGGUAAAGCUGCCGGCGAGCUGUUUGCCCAGAAUGAGUUGUUGAGGAACCCUGUUUGCGGGUUGAUGAUCGGUGUUUUGGUAACGGUUCUGGUGCAGAGCUCCUCCACAUCAACCUCCAUCGUCGUGUCCAUGGUCGGUGCCGGAAUAUUGGAAGUGGAACAGUCCAUCUAUAUCGUCAUGGGGGCCAACAUCGGCACCUCGGUCACCAACACCAUCGUCUCACUGGGGCACUCUGGCGACAAGAACGAGUUCCGCAGGGCGUUCGCCGGCGCCACGAUCCACGACAUGUUCAACUGGCUGUGUGUCAUCAUCCUUCUGCCAUUGGAGGCUGCAUCCCACUACCUGUUCCGACUGUCGAGCGUAAUCGUGAACUCCUUCGAAUUCAGCAAUGUUGGUGAGAUCAAGCUUCUGAAGGUCAUCACCGAGCCCUUCACCAAGCUGAUUGUGGAGAUUGACAAGGGAGUCAUCACCGACAUCGCCCAGAACGAGGAAGGUGCGGCGGAACAGAGUCUACUAAAGCGGUACUGCAAGACUGGUCCUCUGGUUAUGGUCAACACAACUGUGGAGCAGGUGAACUUCUUCAGCAACGGCGCCAACAACUGGACCAUCACAGAAAACGUCACCACCAGCGAAUGGAAACAUAAAUGUCAGUACCUGUUUGCCCAGGUGAACCUGUGGAAUGACACCAUCGUGGGGGUGAUCCUCCUGGUGGCUGCCCUGCUGAUCCUGUGCAUCUGUCUCGCCUGUAUCGUCAAACUUCUGCACAGCAUCCUGAAGGGCGCCCUCGCCAAGGUCAUCAAAAAGGCUGUCCACGCCGAGCUGCCCACCAAAGUUGGCAAAUAUCUGACCGGAUAUCUGAUCAUCAUCCUCGGCGCUGGCAUGACGUUCCUGGUGCAGAGUAGCUCCAUCUUCACCUCCGCCCUCACCCCUCUCAUCGCCAUCGGCGUGGUCAACCUCAAGCGGGCGUACCCUCUGACUCUCGGGGCCAACAUCGGCACCACCACCACCGCCAUCCUGGCCGCCCUGGCCUCUUCCGGAGACGGUCUGGUCAGGUCUCUUCAGCUGGCGCUGUGUCAUUUCUUCUUCAACGUGUCCGGGAUCAUCCUGUGGUACCCCAUACCUCCUCUCAGGAACGUUCCCAUCGGUUUGGCCAAGAAGCUCGGCAACACCACAGCCAAGUACCGCUGGUUCGCCGGCGUCUACUUGAUCCUGAUGUUCUUCCUAUUUCCUGCGGCAAUUUUCGGACUGUCUGUCGCCGGGUGGCAGGUGCUUGUGGGUGUUGGCGUGCCAGUAUUGGUCCUCGCUUUGGUCGUUAUUGUCAUCAACAUAAUACAAACAAAACGUCCAAACUGGCUCCCUAAGAAACUCCGGACAUGGGACUUUCUCCCCCUCGGCCUGCACUCUCUUGAACCUUAUGAUAGGAUCUUGACUGGGUGCUGCAAGAAGAAAGGUGCGAAAGGAGAGGACGAUGGUGAAAAAAUCGAGGUCGACAAUCCCGGUUUUGUUGAGGAACAGAAUAUGGAAAUCACUCAGUUGUAAAUUCUUUAAUGUAAAGGUUCCCUCUCACUGCACUUGCGUCAAGCUUGCAUCACUGCGGGGUAAUUCGUUUACUGCGUCACUGUUUUGUUUUUUUCCUUCGAUUUUUUAUAGUUAAGAUAAUUCGUAAUACGUAAAGUAUGACUUAAAAGACGACAAAAUACACAAAAAGUCCGAAAAUUCGUUCUUUAUCUCUGAAAUUCGUUGAGUAACUUUCAAACCCCGCAGUGACGCAAGCGUGACGCAAGCGUGACGCAAGUGCAGUGAGAGAGCACCUUAACCACACAUAUCCUUUGAAAUAUGAUAAUAGCAAAAUGAAAUCAUUCAGUCUUUCGAAAAGUAAGAUUCAGUUUAUUGUCUUACACUUAUAUCUCUUUCAUAGUAUAUUGAAAUCCAUUAAUUGACUAAUUUAUCAGACGAAAGCAAUAAUAUUUAAAGAAAGAGAAAAAAAAGAAUAAAUACUGCCAACGUCAUCUGUGAUUAGUUCACUAUGGCACAAGUUAUCUUCUACCUCCUGUAGUAAGAAAGGGUUUCCGUAUGCCCUGUAUUAUUACGUUUAUCUAUUCCUUUGCUUGCCUGUAUAUGAUGUGGCAAAACAAUAUUCCAAUAGCCCUAAAUAUCUGGUUAGAGUCAGAUAGGGAACCAAUCUAUCAUAUAUGUGAUGAAAUAAUAUUUUAAAUGCUUCAUAUAUGUGAUAAAAUAAUAUCUUACAUGCUUCAAUGAUGUGCAAAACAAACUUACAUGUACUUUUACUACAUGACUAUUAAUAGGCACUGGACAGUGUUUCAGGAUAAUUGCAAACUAAGUCAAAUAGUUUUUAAAUAGUCAUGUGUUUCAUGUAUUCGGGUUAUAUCUAGGUUAUAUUCAUAUGUAUAUAGUUCUCGCCUUUACUAUAAACAUACCACGCACAACAAGGUUAAAUUUGUUCUUUGUUUAAUCUGUGAUGUACAUAAUUUUGUAUAAUUACAUUUGUAAUGCUAUACAGAGUAAGACGAGCCACAGGCUUCAGUUCAAAACCAUUUAAAAUACUAUUUACUUUGUACUCUAUAUACACAUACAUUCAUGUAAAUAUGCCAUCGAUGAAAUAAGAAAUGUUGAUUGAAUAUGAUAUGACUGUUUAUAACAUAAAUGGCUUCAUCCCAAACUUU